AUGGGAAAUCUAUUUGGAACGAUUUUUGGUAAAAAACGUUAUCGGAUAUUGUUACUUGGACUUGAUAAUGCUGGAAAAACAUCAAUUCUUUCUCGUUUACGUUUACAAGAAUUUCGUUCAACCGUACCAACUGUUGGAUUUGCAGUUGAAACAGUUAUUUUAGAUCGUGUUCAUUUUACUGUAUGGGAUGUCGGUGGACAAGAUAAAAUUCGUCCAUUGUGGCGACAUUAUUUUACUGGAUCUCAAGGUCUUAUAUUCGUUGUUGAUUCAACAGAUUAUGAACGAAUGGAUGAAGCACGCCGUGAAUUAGAAAAAAUAUUAAAUGAUCGUGAAAUGCGUAAUGUUAGUUUACUUUUACUUUGUAAUAAACAAGAUGUAGCCGGUAGUAUGCAACCAGAUGAAAUACGACAAGCAUUACGUUUAGAUAAAUUUGUCCGUCCUUAUGCAAUAAUACCUUGUUCAGCAUUAAAUGGAAGUGGUUUAACCGAAGGUCUUACAUGGUUAUCUGAACAUUGUAAAUAA